CGGUGACGUUUCAAGUCUGCAUCCAGAACCGUUACAAGUUGAGCAAGAAGCUGCGCAAGUUCACGAGCCAGGUCAGCAAUGGCUCGGAGCCAAAAGCGGAGUCUGCGACACUGGACAAGAGCCUCCUCGCCCAGACCAAGGUAGGAAAACUAGUUGCUGAGAGUCAUCUCCCUUUUGAAUGGCAUAAACGUCUUUCACCUUUGACAAAUUCGGAUUAGUUUGGGGGAAAAAAAAAGUUGAUCUGUGAAGGGAGCAAACAAUCUGUAAUAUUCAGAUCAUUAAUAGAGGCUCUUGUUUGUAAAGAUCACAAGCGUGCCUUCACCAAGGGGCAUCAACACGGAUGGGAUAGACUCCCUUAAUCCUAUUCAAAAUGGCUUAAAAUAAUAAUAAAUAUUGACCCUUAGCAAACUGUAAAAACUAUAAUCUUAAUGGUUAUAUUUUGUAGUGUUUCAAAAUCUAUAUCUAUUUUUUUUAAAUUAAUAUAAAUUCAUUUGAAUGAUUUUUAAAAAAAAGAAAUUUAAAUUAUAUAAUCAGUUCUAUUUUAUUUUGUCUUUUAAAAAAAAAAUUAUUCCAUAAAUGAAAACACAAAAACACUAAUGGAACGGACUCUAUGUCGACUUCCCUCAAUGUUCGUUCGUUUCAAUCUGGCUGGGCGGCCAAUCUCUUCGGACGGCUAGUUGACCCACUUCCCCUUCAACCUAUCGAGCUCAAACUUGGCACGUAGACUGUUUUUUUUUUUUUCAAAGGGAAGAUGAAGGAAAUAUGACGUCACUGGUUUCACGAAAUAAAAUUCCCGAUAACUGCGCUAAAAGACAUUCUUUUUUUUUUGUUUUAAUACAUCGCAGGUGCGUUUGGUGCGUAGCCUUUUCUUUCGUUUUUCUCAAAUUGUUGGUGAGAUAAAUGUGUGGUGAAGAGGCGGGGGGGUCAUAAGAAUAUUAAUAUUAGUUCAGGGGCGUGGAAAAAAAAAAUGUGCGGUAACGAAUCGGGGGAGGGGGGAGGAGGGGUUGGAUUUCUUAUAAAGUGUGUUACUUCGUUGCAUGCUUUGUCAACUUCUCAGUCCCAACCCACAUUGCUCGAUAGGACAUUUUAUACAGGACUUACACGAACAACUUUGUGUUUAGGGGAUUGUUUAACUUGUUCAUUCUCAAAUCCUGAAAUCCUGAAGAUAUCCACAUGUCUUCGACAUGUAUCCAGCUGUUCUUUAAAAAAAAAAAAAACCCUGUUCAAAUUUCUGCUAUGUCCUUAAACGUUGCCGUUUGUUUCAUGUCUUCAGCUGGCAGCAGAAGCUGAGAAUGCAGACAACAUGUCUGAACAGAAGAGACAGCAGGGCAAGAAGGUCCGAUAUGGGGAGAUAGUGCAG